GAAGAAAUAAACCACGUGUUUCCGUCUUCAAGUUUAGGCAACAUGGCGAACCUGGAGCAGCCAGAAGCUGAGCAGAACCGCAGUGUAACUGGUCAGGAUAAGUCCUCCUUGGUGUUAAACCCAGCCGCGGGGCGCGAUGCUCUGUCGGUUCCGUGUCUGAUCCCGUGUUUCGCGGAGGCGCGUGAGCUCGUACCCACGCCGUACUCGUGUCUCGUGCUGCAAACGCACCGCAGACAUGUUGUUCUGCCGCCCAUGUACCUGCACAAGAAGAGGACCGGGAUCCAGCAGGAACUUAACGCUGAGCUUUUAAAGUUCUCCGAAAGUUUGAAAGGUGUCCCUCUAGCUUAUGAAGACAUCAAGAUUAUAGGACGUCAUGGGGACAUCUUUGACGACCUAGGCUACAUUCACCUAAACAUCGAAGCAUCAUUUGUUGUUUUCAAGCCAAAGAAGAGACAAACACUUGUGGGUGUGAUUAAUAAAAUCGGAGUGGGCCACGCCGGCUGCCUGGUGCACGGCUGCUUUAACGCCAGCGUGGUGAAGCCGACUCAGCUCACUUCAGAGCAGUGGAGAGACUCUGGUCUGAAGCUGGGAGAAAGCCUGACCUUCGAGGUGUUCCAGCUGGAUGCCGAUGUGGCCGGAGUUCUGCUCAUCAGGGGACGACUGGAAAAAUCCAGGUUAAAUGAGCUUCUCUCCUCCUUCGACACUACAGAAACGGGGCAAGAUGAGACAAUGGAAAUGACCCCUGAAGUAGACUUGACUGAAGAUCAAUCUGAGAUGUCUGAGGCUUCAAAACCCAAAAAGAAAAAGGACAAAGAAAAGGACAACCAAGCUUUGGAGGCGGUCGAGACGGACGAGGCUGGGCGUUGUGAGGUUAACGGUAACGGAACGGAGGUCGAUUCGGAUCCCAGCAGCUGUUUAAAGGAGAAAAAGAAGAAGAAAAGCAAGAAGGAAAAAAAGGAAUCGGACAAUGAGCUGCCGUCUUUGAGAGUCGAUCUCCCGGGCAGUGACUCGAGCGGAUACCUCAGUGAUAAAAGCAGUAAAAAGAGAAAGGCACAAGAGGAUGGAGUCCAAGAGGACGCUAAUGGUAUUACAGCUAAAAAGAAGAAAAAGAUGAAAUGAUGCUUUUAUACUGUAAACGUUUUCCAUUUUGUCUUAAAGUGCCUGAAUGAAAAAAAAAAAAAGUUAUAUACAACCAUGCAAUAAAGAAAGGAUUACCCUGCA